GUGCGCUUCACAUGGUAGUGGGAUUUUAGCAGCCUUCAUAAAAUAAUCCAACUAGAGAUGGAAUUGAAAAAAUACCCAACAACUCAAAUGCGAGUAUUUACAAUUGUUUUUACAUUUGGCAUCAUCAUUAAGUUUACUCUCGGCCAACCAGUGGCUUUGGAUCCACCCUUAACUGAAGAUCCCAAAACCGUUGAUGAUAUUGUAAAAUAUUUUGUUCAAAACACCAAAUUGACUUACGAUUAUCGAUCUCCCGCCAUAACUGAAGAGGUGCAGAAAAUUCUUCAUUAUCUGCAUGGAAAGAAUUCUGAAACGAGAAAAAAGUAUCUCAAACUGGAGGGCAUGUUGCAACAGUUCCAGGCAAGAAUCAAAAAAUUCACCAACAAUUGUGGCAUCAAUGAUGUACUCAUGAUCUUGGCUCCUGGCAUAGUGCGAGAGUUUACCAACACCAAUGAUGCAGAGCUCCUGGCAUUAUCGGAAUCCUUUCGCAGUCUGGUGCAAAUGAAUGAAGUCGAUAGGCAGGUGAGAGCUGUUAAGAAAAUGGAAGAUUUUAUGAAAGGCAAACAGCAUUCGGAUGUGCUGCAGUUUCAUACUAAAUAUGUGGCUUGGGAAAGGGCACACUGUUAUGGUGUAUCGGUGUGGGAUGAGUAAUGGUAGGCUUAAGUUAAACAUGAAACAUAAUAAAAUUGU